UCUUGGUACCUGGUGCGAGGCCUGCAAUUCUGGAGCAGGAGCCACCGUAGGGAAAGGAGGAAUGAGAUCAUCUCCCCUGAUGCCGAGGGAGGGAGGACUCGGGGGCGAUGUGAUUCCCCGGAAGGAGCAGGCAUAGGAGGGGUCAGCGGCCAGGGCUUCCGACCUGCGUCACCCACUGGAGACUGCGGUGAUCGGGAAGGGGCCGGCUCUGGGUUUUGGGGGCCGAGAGGAAAGCCAGCACACGCCCUCGGGCUAGGGGAGGCGAGCUCAGCACCGCACGGGCUUUGUGGCCGAGCAUCCUGAGUGAUGACAAAAGCCGGGGCUGGGUGCUGCAGGGACCUGGGUUUGGCUGUCAGUGGGGUAGGAAGCCCUCCUGGGUGGUGAGAAGGGAAGGGCAGUGACCGACCUGUGGAGGGGUAGGAGAAGCAGGGGGGCCGUUAUCGUUGGCCGAGACACGGCAGUGGGUUGAAGUAGGGUGGGAGCAGUGCCCAGUGAGACGCCAGAUUGGGACAGCCCCGGAUUGCUGAGAGCCAGUCUGCAACCAUUCCCCUGUUCAUGAAGAAUAAAGACGUUGCCGCCGAAGCGGUCACAGGUAGCGGUAAAACCCUCGCCUUUGUCAUCCCCAUCCUGGAAGUCCUUCUGAGAAGAGAAGAGAAGUUAAAGAAGAGGCAGGUGGGUGCCAUCAUCAUCACCCCCACUCGCGAGCUGGCCAUUCAGAUUGACGAGGUCCUGUCACAUUUCACAAAGCGCUUCCCCCAGUUCAGCCAGAUUCUUUGGAUUGGAGGCAGGAACCCUGGAGAAGAUGUUGAGAGGUUCAAGCGAGAAGGUGGGAAUAUCAUCGUGGCAACGCCAGGCCGCCUGGAGGACAUGUUCCGGAGGAAGGCGGAGGGUUUGGACCUAGCCAGCUGUGUGCGGGCCCUGGAUGUCCUGGUGCUGGAUGAAGCAGACAGACUUCUGGACAUGGGAUUUGAAGCCAGCAUCAACACCAUCCUGGAGCUGCUGCCGAAGCAGAGGAGGACAGGGCUUUUCUCGGCAACACAGACACAGGAGGUGGAGAACUUGGUGCGCGCUGGGCUCCGCAACCCUGUGCGCAUCUCGGUGAAGGAGAAGGGCGUGGCGGCCAGCAGCACCCAGAAGACACCCUCGAGGCUGCAGAACUACUACAUGGUAUGUAAGGCAGAUGAGAAGUUUAACCAGCUGGUACAUUUCCUUCGGAACCACAAGCAGGAGAAACACCUGGUCUUUUUCAGCACCUGCGCCUGCGUGGAGUACUACGGGAAGGCCCUGCAGGCCCUGGUGAAGGGCGUGACGGUCACGUGCAUUCACGGGAAGAUGAAGCACAAGCGCAACAAGAUCUUCACGGACUUCCGCAGGCUGCAGAGCGGGAUCCUGGUGUGCACCGAUGUGAUGGCCCGGGGCAUCGACAUUCCUGAAGUCCACUGGGUUUUGCAGUACGACCCACCCAGCAGCGCAAGUGCCUUUGUGCAUCGCUGCGGCCGCACAGCUCGCAUUGGCCAUGGCGGUAGUGCCCUCGUGUUCCUGCUGCCCAUGGAAGAGGCCUACGUCAAUUUCCUUGCCAUCAACCAGAAAUGCCCGCUGCAGGAGACGCGGCUCCCGAGCGACGCUGUGGACCUUCUGCCAAAGCUGCAGGCCAUGGCCCUGGCCGACAGAGCUGUGUUUGAGAAGGGCAUGAAGGCAUUUGUGUCCCACGUCCAGGCCUACGCCAAGCACGAGUGCAGCCUCAUCUUCCGGCUGAAGGAUCUUGAUUUUGCUAGUCUUGCUCGAGGUUUCGCCCUGCUGAGGAUGCCCAGGAUGCCAGAGCUGAGAGGCAGGCAGUUUCCUGACUUCGUGCCUGUGGAUGUUAACACAGACACGAUUCCAUUUAAAGACAAGGCCAGGGAGAAGCAGAGGCAGAAACUCCUGGAGCAGCGAAGAAAAGAGAAAACAGAAAGUGAAGGGAAAAGGCGAUUCAUAAAGAAUAAAGCGUGGUCGAAGCAGAAGGCCAAAAAGGAAAGGAAGAGAAAAAUGAAUGAGAAGAGGAAAAGAGAAGAGGGAUCCGACAUCGAAGAUGAGGACAUGGAGGAACUUCUCAAUGACACAAGACUUUUGAAAAAGCUUAAAAAAGGCAAAAUUACCGAAGAUGAGUUCGAGAAGGGGUUGCUGCUGAGUGGUAAAAGAGCGACCCGGGCUGCAGACCCCGAGCUGUCUGGGCCGGAAGACGACUGCUGACGCCAGCACCUCAGGUGGUGCGCAUCAGAGGACAGCUGGCCUGCUGUGGGGACAGCGCUGUGUGCCCUACUCGGAUCCGAGCUGUGGUUCCUACAGAUGGACGUGGUUUGUGGGCUGACACUGGUGCCUGCUUUACUGAAACCAUUGGACUUGACGUCAGAGAAAACGUAAAUGACUCCUGUGGGCACCUAAGUUAACGAGCAUGUUCCCUGAGGCUCCCUUCCACUCACUCAACAUAAAGGUGCUGAGCAGUA